AUGAAAGAAACUGAAACUGUAGAAGAAUACUACACUAGGGUGAUUAUCCUGAUCAAUCAAAUGAGACUGAAUGGUGAAAGCAUUUCUGACAGAAGGGUGGUUGAAAAGGUCUUGCGAAGUCUUACCAGGAAAUUUGGAUAUGUUGUUGUUGCCAUAGAAGAGUCUAAAGAUCUCUCAAAUUUCUCUUUGGAAACUCUUCUAGGGACACUUCAAUUACACAAACUUCACAUGAGACAAUUUGAUACACCUGUGAUGGAACAUGUUUUUCAAACUCAUUCAACAUGGGAGUCAAAUACAAGUGAGAAACAAAAAGGACUAGACUACAGUAAGGAUGAACAAGGAUCUGGUUACACAAGGAGCAAAGGCAGAGGUAAGCCCUUCUCUCAAAUGAAAAGUUUUUAUUAUGAUAAAGUAGGACACACUAUUAAAUUCUGUAGAAAGAGAAUAGCAGAAGAGAAUAAAGUCUCUAGUUUUAUACAUAAAGAAGAAAGUCAUAAUGAUGACUCCAUGUUCAUGAUGUUAAGUGUUCAAGAAAAGACUGCAUGUGAUCUAUGGUACCUUGACAACGGAUGUAGUAAUCACAUGACUAGAAACAAGGAAUUAUUCCUAAAUUUAGAAGAAUCAGAAAGGAAUGAUGUGAGAUCAUGUGAUGAUAAGAAAUUAAGUGUAUGUGGGUGUGGUGAGAUUUUUAUCAAACUUAGAGAUAAAGAUAAAAGGAUAUCUAAUGUCUUCUAUGUUCCUGGCCGGAAACAUAACUUUCUUAGUGUGGGUUUGCUUAUACUCAAAGGGUAUAGACUUCUAUUUAGAAAUGAGUAUUGUGAAAUCACAAAUUUCAACAACUCACUCAUUGGAAAAGCUUACAUGACACAUAAUAAAAUGUUCCCCAUCAAGUUCAAUGAUGAGAACUUUCUUUCCCUAACCAUGAGCACUAUGGAUUCAUCACUUUUAUGGCAUAAUAGGUUUGGCCAUGCCAACCUUAACGCUCUGUCAUACAUGCACAAAAAAGGUCUGGUGAAGGGAUUGCCAUCAGUCAUAAAUCUUGAUCAUGUAUGUGAAGGUUGUGCACUUGGUAAGCACACAAGAGAUUCAUUUCCUCAAGAUAAGGCUUAG